AGCCAGCUGAUUUUGUUUACCUGCUGGGCAAAUAAGUAAAAUGCCAAGAGCGGCGUGUUUUUGUAAUAAAAUUAAUAUUUAAGAAAAAGUGAACUUAAUAUACUGAAAAUCAUGUCCAAUAAUGAUCUUAAAAUAUAUUUAGAAUUUAGUGCAGGCGCCGAGUUGCUGUUUGGAAACAUUAAGCGGCGGCAAGUAACAUUGAAGGGCGAUGAAAAAUGGACCAUACGUAAGCUGCUUAAGUGGAUGCACGCAAACAUUUUAACAGAGCGGCCGGAAUUAUUCAUUCAAGAUGAUUCAGUGCGACCCGGCAUUUUGGUGCUAGUAAACGAUACCGAUUGGGAACUACUGGGCGAGCUUGAUUAUGAGAUUCAACCUAAUGACAACGUUCUGUUCAUUUCCACACUGCAUGGCGGAUAGUUGGAGGCAAUAAAUGGCUUGAACGGGCUUAAACUUAAAUAUUUUUACUUUUUUAACAAGGUUAAACUACUACUAUGUACUAGUUCAUCAAAUAAAUUCGAAAUAAUUAAGAUGUAUUAAAAAAUA